CAGUAUUUAUUUUUAUUUAUUUUUAUUUUUUUUAUCUUGAGAUUAUUCCUAACUCAUGUCUCAUGAUACCAUACGAUGAACAGUUAACAGGCCCGAUUGAUGGGAGGAAAGGCCCAUCAGAGUAUUGGACAGAGGUAAUGGAUAAGCAGCCCAUUCCUGAAUCUAUCAAAGAUUUUAUAAAUUCAUAUGAAGUCCACGAGGAAGGAGAAGCAGAUAAAAGUCUCAUCAAAGAUGAAAAUAAUAAUGAAGAUUGUGACUUACAUAAUGAUAAGCAUGCAUCUAAGAAGUUGACUGUAGAAAAAUUUGAAACAAGCUCCAACCCUUUAAUCUACCACCAAAAUGAUAAGCCAGAAUCUAAGAAGUUAAUUGCAGAUGAAUUUGACCCGAGCUCCAACAUUUUAUUCUACUACCAAAAUGAUAAGCCCGUGUCUAAAAAGUUGAUUGCAGAUGAAUCUGAACCUAGCUCCAAAAAAUUGGUUGCAGAUGAACUUGAACCAAGCUCUAACCCUUUAAUCUACCACCAAAAUGAUAAGCCAGAAUCUAAGAAGUUGAUUGCAGAUGAAUUUGACCCGAGCUCCAACUUUUUAUUCUACUACCAAAAUGAUAAGCCUGUGUCUAAAAAGUUGAUUGCAGAUGAAUUUGAACCUAGCUCCAAAAAUUUGGUUGCAGAUGAACUUGAACCAAGCUCUAACCCUUUAAUCUACCACCAAAAUGAUAAGCUAGAAUCUAAGAAGUUGAUUGCAGAUGAAUUUGACCCGAGCUUCAACUUUUUAUUCUACUACCAAAAUGAUAAGCAUGUGUCUAAAAAGUUGAUUGCAGAUGAAUUUGAACCUAGCUCCAAAAAAUUGGUUGCAGAUGAACUUGAACCAAGCUCUAACCCUUUAAUCUACCACCAAAAUGAUAAGCUAGAAUCUAAGAAGUUGAUUGCAGAUGAAUUUGACCCGAGCUCCAACUUUUUAUUCUACUACCAAAAUGAUAAGCCUGUGUCUAAAAAGUUUAUUGCAGAUGAAUUUGAACCUAGCUCCAAAAAAUUGGUUGCAGAUGAACUUGAACCAAGCUCUAACCCUUUAAUCUACCACCAAAAUGAUAAGCCAGAAUCUAAGAAGUUGAUUGCAGAUGAAUUUGACCCGAGCUCCAACUUUUUAUUCUACUACCAAAAUGAUAAGCUUGUGUCUAAAAAGUUGAUUGCAAAUGAAUUUGUACCUAGCUCCAACCCUUUAAUCUACCACCAAAAUGAUUAGCCAGAAUCUAAGAAGUUGA